AUGCCAUCUGGAGAUAUUUGUUUGCUUGCUUCAACCCUAACAUACAUACUUACUGACUUACUCAUUCAAUAAAUCAAUCAAUCAAUCACUGACUCAUUUAACAUUUUAAACAGCAGAAAUAAUUAAAUCAAACAGAAAAUAACUUAAAUAAUAGGCAAAGUGUUUAAUAGUGCAAUGUUUAUAAGUCUGUCUAAUUAUCUAUCUAUCAAAAAGGAGCAAACUUUCGAAGACUCUAAAUUUAAUAACUAAGUUAUAUUCUGGAAAAAGAAUUAAUAGCAUUAGAUCAAAUAAAUCUAUGAUUAAAAAUCUUUUAUUUCUCUUAAUUUUUGUAAUUUUAUAAUGUAAUAUAGAUCAUAAAUAAUAAUAUAUACAUACUUAUAAAUAAAUUCCUAUCAUUCUACUUGCCUAAAAUUAAUACAAGGAAUUUAAUUACAAGUCUACUCAAUAUUCAAUCAAGUAAUUAAGUUGUUUACCAACCAUUAACCAAAUAAAUCAGAUAGAUAGACAGUCAGUCUUUCAAUCUCAUUUUGUACCAUUUACUCUGAAUCAUUUGAUUGA